GCUAAAUCAUGAUCACGGUGCGUAGAGCGUGACGUCACGCGAGAAGGCUCGAUGGAGGCUGAUCGUCGUACAUAAACAAGCGAGAAACAUUGAACACAAAUUAGCGAGAAACAUUGAACAUAAAUUAGCGAGAAAUAUUGAACACAAACAAGCGAGAAAGAUUUAACCGUCGGCCACUAAAGUGUGUUGCAAGUGCUUUAGCGAUGGAAGCUGCGUUGAAGAAGGAGUUGGGGAGCAGCAUGAUGAAGUGUGCAGGCCAGGCGGCGGGGGGCUGCAUCAGCCAGGGUCAGAGUUAUGACACCGACACCGGCAGAGUGUUCGUCAAGGUGAACCACAAGAGCCAGGCCAAAGUGAUGUUCGAAGGGGAAAUGGCCAGUUUGGAGGCCAUAUUAAAGACAGAAAGUGUCAAAGUCCCCAGACCCGUGAAGGUGUUGCAGUUGGAGACUGGAGGGUGUGCGUUUGUCAUGGAACACUUGGACAUGCAUGGUCUGAACAAAUAUUCAAAGCAACUUGGUGAUCAGCUGGCUGAUCUUCAUCUCCACAACAAGAGACAGCUGGAGAAAGUCAGCAAAGAGCAGCAGACAGUUGUGUUGUCUCUGUUAAUAGGGAAAGGAGCUGGUCAGUAUGUGGACAGAUUUGGGUUCUGUAGCCCCACGUGCUGUGGAUACAUCGCACAGGAAAAUGAAUGGCAGGAUGACUGGGUGACAUUUUUUACACGGCAGAGGCUUCAGUCGCAGUUGAAGCUGCUGGAGGAAUCUAAGGGCGACAGAGAAGCCAGAGAGCUCUGGGCACAGCUUCAGCUGAAGAUGCCGCAGUUUUUCAAAGAGAUGGAGAUUGUCCCCGCUCUCCUCCACGGGGACCUGUGGGGAGGCAACGUGGCAGAAUCGGGCGACGGGCCGGUCAUCUUCGACCCCGCUUCCUUCUACGGCCAUUCAGAGUAUGAGUUGGCCAUCUCUGGUAUGUUUGGAGGGUUUAACGAUUCCUUCUAUUCCGCUUACCACCAUAAAAUACCCAAGACGGCUGGCUUUGCAAGGAGGAACCAGCUUUAUCAACUUUUUCACUACCUGAACCACUGGAACCACUUUGGCGGGGGCUACAGAGGUUCAUCAAUCGGUGUGAUGAAGGACUUGCUGAAAUAACUGCGCUCAGUCUGGAACAUGCUGACCAAACAAUGUGACGCAACACACACUUCCAGUCCUUUCAUUACAGCACGGCCGAAAAGCAGUAGGAAGAAGCGGAGCUUAUUUAAUCCGACCCAUUUUCAUACCACAGCAAUUUUAUCCCAUUUCCUUCUUCUCUGUAACAGAACAGUGAGUAAAUAAAUAAUAUACUUUAGUAAACAUACAAAUAUUAAAUACAUAAAUAAUCUUUGUCUCAAUAAAAAAAAAAGAGUUCAAGAUCCAUCCAUCCAUUUUCUACCGCUUAUCCCCUUUUGGGGUCGCGGGGGGCGCUGGCGCCUAUCUCAGCUACAAUCGGGCGGAAGGCGGGGUACACCCUGGACAAGUCGCCACCUCAUCGCAAGGCCAACACAGAUAGACAGACAACAUUCACACUCACAUUCACACACUAGGGCCCAUUUAGUGUUGCCAAUCAACCUAUCCCCAGGUGCAUGUCUUUGUAGGUGGGAGGAAUUCGGAGUACCCGGAGGGAACCCACGCAUUCACGAGGAGAACAUGCAAACUCCACACAGAAAGAUCCAGAGCCUGGAUUUGAACCCAGGACUGCAGGACCUUCGUAUUGUGAUGCAGACGCACUAACCCCUCUGCCACCGUGAAGCCCAUAUAUAUAUAUAUAUAUAUAUAUAUAUACACAGUGAGAGUAAAAAGUAUUUGAUCCCUUGCUGAAUAUAUAUGUGAAGUGAAUUAUAUUUAUAUAGCGCUUUUCUCUAGUGACUCAAAGCGCUUUACAUAGUGAAACCCAAUAUCUAAGUUACAUUUAAACCAGUGUGGGUGGCACUGGGAGCAGGUGAGUAAAGUGUCUUGCCCAAGGACACAACGGCAGUGACCAGGAUGGCGGAAGCGGGACUCGAACCUGCAACCCUAAAGUUGCUGGCACGGCCGCUCUACCAACUGAGCUAUACCAUCCAUGAGUGGGGAACCUUUCGGAUCUUCGAUUUAUUGAUUGAUACUUUUAUUAGUAGAUUGCACAGUACAGUACAUAUUCCCUACAAUUGAGCACUAAAUGGUAACACCCCAAUAAGUUUGUCAACUUGUUUAAGUCGGGGUCCACGUCAAAUCAAUUCCUGGUAAAUUCAUCUCAAAUAUAUUUAGUAAGAUUUUAUUCAACUUUUCACUGUGAUUACUCA